AUGCGACCUCUUCAAGAAGACACGAAACGACGGUUCGACCGGAGGCUCAGCCACGGCCGACAGCACACUCCCAGCCGCAUGUUUUCGAGCGCCCUGCCUGACCGGUUAAAGGACGACCAUGACGCCCAAGUGGACUACACCGCUCCCCCGGGUCGGACAGGUGCCCGGGAUGGUCAUAUGCAGUACAUGCAGCAGUCUAUAUUCUCGAUGAUCGCGGCAGUUGGGUCACGGUCCGAUUUACAUGCGCGAUUUGACGACUCCAGUGAUAGCGACGAGGAGAAAGAGAGACGGCCCCGAGCGAAGGUUGCAGAGAGAGGGCGUCACCAACACAGGUCGGUUUCGGACCAUCGACUUCUGCGACCCUUUCAGUCGAAGUCCGCGUCGAGAGAGCGGCAUAAGGAAUCUGCGACGGGCGACGACCAGUCUCAGAUUCCUCUCCCGCGGCCUCGCAGUGUCACUCCGCGAGCGGCCCCCGUCCUUAGUCGCAUGGUUGAGGCACAAGCCAAGCUUGAGACGGCCACCGAACCGACCGCCCCAUCCUAUCAGCCUUCUGCAGAAGAGAAAAGCGCUCAAAGUUCUCAGCAGCUGGCCGCGUCCCCGCUGGCCGAGAGACUGGCGGAGAUGUUUGGCUUUGGCGCUCCCGAGAAGAUCCUCGUCGAGUAUGGGUGCUCCCUACUGCAAAGUAUGCUUCUACAGGGCUAUAUGUAUGUAACAGAAGGGCAUAUAUGCUUCUAUGCCUACCUGCCGAAGAAAUCAACGGUCGCCAUCAAGUCCGGCUACCUGCACAAACGCGGACGGAAGAACCCCAAAUAUGCCCGGUAUUGGUUUUCCUUAAAGGAAGACGUCCUCUCCUACUAUGCCGAUCCGUCGACCCUCUAUUUUCCCAGCGGGCAUGUCGACCUCCGCUAUGGGAUAUCGGCGUCGCUGGUGGAGUCAAAGGAUAAAGGGAAGGACUCGAAAGACUUCCAAGUGACAACAGAUCAGCGAACAUACUAUUUCCGCGCAGACAGCUCCGCCAACGCAAAAGAAUGGGUCAAGGCUCUGCAGAAAAUCAUCUUUCGGACCCAUAAUGAGGGCGACAGUGUGAAGGUAUCCUUUCCCAUCAAGAGUAUUAUAGAUAUAGAAGAGAGCCCGAUGGUCGAGUUCGCAGAGACCUUCAAGAUACGCGUGGUGGAAAGUGAUGAUUCCUAUGCGAUUGACGAGUACUACUUCACCUCCUUUGACUCUGGCCAGGAUGCCUUCAACUUUUUAAAAGGCCUCAUCAGCGACAAUUCGGCCAAGUCUUCGCAAACCCUCUCUCCUCGGCCCGAUAAAGCUGGUCACCCGAGUCGCGCCCGGAGCCCCCGAGGGAGGUGGUCUCUGUCCAGAGGAUUAAGCCACCCCAGGGGGAUGGAAACGGCCGAUACUCCCCGGCAAAGAAGUGUGAGCGCCAGCAACUUCAGCCUUGGCCACGAUGUCAUCGGACGGUCGCCUCCACGGCAGAUGGACUCAUCGGACUCGUUUGUGAAUUCAUUCGAACACGCUACUGAGUCUUCGGCCGUAUUACAGUCGAUGACUGACACCGCGGAAUCUGCGAGUCAAAUAUUAAACCGAAGCGAUGUCUUUCACUCUCCCACGAUCCAUACCCUGCGGAUGCGGCCUUCAGCCGCCGAUAGGCCCGAUCGCCGUCACUCGGACGAGACCGCGCGAUCUUCCAAUGCCAACGCCGUCAUGGAUCCGUCUACUCCUGCUGCGAGAGACGGGCCUGAAAUCCAGUACGCCCACAGCGGAUCUGCCCAUGACGCCCAGGACCCUACCGCUGCGUCUAGUGCGUCUGGGUUGAACGAUCUUGUGCGGGCUGGCGCUUAUCCUCUCCAGCGAGCCGCAGGCAUCGCCGGAUAUCUCAAGAAUCGGUCACGACAGAUGAGUACGCUCCUGGCCAGUGAGUCUAUGGGUUAUAUAGAGAAGGUCUCGGGAAUGUGGAUCGGUGGUCGUCGGCAUUAUGGAGAGACUGAAGGUGUAUUGCCGGAUGAUCAGGCCCUGGAUGCCGAUGACCAGGACGAUGGAUGCAAAGACGGCGAUCGAUUCCGUGCCCACUUCGCCCUUCCCCCGACCGAAAAGCUUCAGGCUACCUAUUUCGCGCAUCUGCACCGUGUUCUCCCGCUUUACGGCAAGAUCUACAUCAGCCAGAAGAAGUUGUGCUUCCGCAGCCUCCUUCCGGGAACUCGUACGAAGAUGAUACUCCCCCUUAAGGAUGUCGAGAAUGUGGAGAAGGAGAAGGGGUUCCGGUUUGGCUAUCACGGACUCGUCGUCAUUAUCCGGGGUCACGAGGAAUUGUUCUUCGAAUUCAACGCGUCGGACGCCCGGGAUGACUGUGCUGUGACGAUGCACCAACAUCUGGAAUCCAUUCGGUUCCUAGUUGAGUCAGGUCUCCUUGCAGAACAGGAGAAAGAGGAGUCUGAAGCCGCGCAGGCGGAACACCAGAUGCUACAGGAAGCCAGACUGGGCACCUCGGGAGAGAAUGAUACCCGGGACAUGUUGCCUGAGGACUCGGGGGAGCUUCAUCCCGUUUUUGAUGACCCGCGCGCCUCGAUCGUCAAUUUCAAGCCCGCCGAGUCUUUGAGGAUCACCUGUCUCACCAUUGGCUCGCGUGGAGAUGUCCAGCCAUAUAUUGCCCUGUGCAAGGGUCUUAUGGCGGAGGGUCACCGGCCAAAGAUCGCCACACAUGCCGAGUUUGAGCCCUGGGUGAGGAAGCAUGGCAUCGACUUCGCUCCUGUCGACGGAGACCCAGCGGAACUCAUGCGGAUAUGUGUCGAAAACGGGAUGUUCACGUAUUCGUUCCUGAAAGAGGCAUCGUUGAAGUUUAGGGGAUGGAUCGAUGACCUGCUCUCGUCUGCCUGGUCGAGUUGCCAGGAUAGCGACCUCCUCAUCGAAUCUCCAAGUGCCAUGGCUGGGAUACACAUUGCUGAAGCCCUUCGGAUUCCCUACUUCCGUGCUUUCACGAUGCCUUGGACCAGGACGCGUGCGUACCCACAUGCAUUUGCCGUUCCAGAGCAGAAGAUGGGCGGUGCGUACAAUCACAUCACCUACGUCAUGUUUGACAAUGUCUUUUGGAAAGCGAUUGCAGGACAGGUGAACCGGUGGAGGAAGAACGAGCUCGGCCUGAAGGCAACCAACCUGGACAAGAUGCAGCCGAACAAGGUUCCUUUCCUGUACAACUACUCGCCGUCAGUGGUAGCACCGCCAUUAGACUACCCGGAUUGGAUCCGUAUUACCGGUUACUGGUUUCUGAGCGAGGCAACUGGCUGGACGCCCUCGGCGGAACUGGUUGAAUUCAUCCGCCGUGCUCGCGAAGACGGUAAGAAGAUCGUAUACAUCGGGUUCGGAUCGAUCGUCGUGUCGGAUCCGUCUGCUCUGACGCGGACGGUCGUCGAGUCUGUCCAGAAAGCCGACGUCCGUUGCAUCCUUUCCAAGGGGUGGUCCGAUCGUCUUGGUGACCCCGCCAGCACCAAAUCUGAGAUUCCUUUGCCCCCUGAGAUCUUCCAGAUCCAAUCCGCACCGCACGAUUGGCUGUUUUCCCAGAUCGAUGCGGCAGCACAUCAUGGAGGGGCAGGGACCACUGGCGCCAGUCUGCGCGCGGGUCUUCCUUCUAUCAUCAAGCCUUUCUUCGGAGACCAGUUCUUCUUCGGGACCAGAGUUGAAGACCUCGGCGUAGGGAUCUGCAUGAACAAGCUGAACGUGAGCAUCUUCUCGAGGGCGUUAUGGGAGGCGACCCACAGCGAGCGAAUGAUCAAAAGGGCGCGAGAUCUGGGGGCGCAGAUUCGAAGCGAAGAUGGCGUCGACACCGCUAUCCAGGCAAUCUACCGCGACCUCGAGUACGCCAAAACACUCGCGCGACAACGCUCCAUCUUCUCCGCCACCCCAUUCUCACCUACGCCGUCGGCCAAGCCCGUCGCGGACCACGAUGCGGACAACGAUAUGGCCGACUCCGAAGAGUGGACCUUUAUCGGUGAUGACAUGGACAUUGACAUCUCGAAGCGAAUGCGUGAUCGAGCUAUUUCUGAUGCGAGUCUGCUACCUGAACCGGUCACUUGUAGCAUGGGAUGA